AACUGUAGAGAGGAAAUAGAAAGCAGUACCAGGCAUAAAAACAUAGAGGGACAAGAGAUCAAUGAGAUAAAACGAAAUAAGGCUAAAUAAAGGGAAAGAGCAGAGGAAAGUGAAGGCUAAAUCAAGGUUGGAUCUUGCCAAAACACACAUAGGACAGAGAGCACUUAAAGGAAGAGUGAAAAGAAGUAAGAAUUACAGGAGAUAAAGAGUUAAAUCAGAGAGGAUGAAGUUGAAAGAGAGGAAGACAGUGUUGCUGUCCAUCACUGAAAACAUUGAGAUGGAGUUGUUCUCUUCAGAGGAGUCCUGCGUCAUGAUAUCAACACUGGAGAAGGAGGAAGAAUACAGCGUUGCCCAGAGAUACCUGGAGCAUCCUCUGGUCCCUGACUGUGAGGAGGAACCAGAGCCAGAGCAAGUUCAGACCCAACCCAGGCAGCAGGCCAAGCCCAAAACAGAAUCUCCCACCAAGGAAGAGGACAAGCACGGCCUCCCUGUCCCAGAAUUCAUGGAUGAAAUUGAGAUAGAAAUGGAGGUGUUUCCUCCCCCCAGAGUGUCUGAGAGUCUUGUGUCUGUCACAAACCCGCUGUCCCCGAACAAAGGUAGUCGUCUCAAAUGGAAGAGACUGACUCCGCAGAAGACAAGACUGGUGGUCAAAGAUGUGGUGUGUCUACCCAGAAGACCCUUCCUGGCACAGCUGGAGAGACAGAUUGUUCCAAGAGGCAAAGAACUAGCAGCUCUAGGGGCGAUGGGAUUGACUGCUCGCAUCACCAUUGACUGUGGUUGGUCGGCCAAUCAGAUGCAUAGUCGUCUGGCGAUGCUCUUCUGGGGGCUGUUUGUGAAACGAAAGGGACAAAGGUUCUCCUUCACAUAUAUACAGUGUGUGCAGGGCUCCAGGGUGCUGUUUGUCCCAGACACCCCUGCAGAGGGCUGGACUGGAGAGCAGGUGCUCAGCAUCUCUGGACAUGGUGCUUUGUACAUCCUAAGCCACCAGGACUACCCACAGUCGACACUCGACCUGGACGCCAUCCUGAGACUGUUCAGACAGGAGAACAUAAAUGGAGAUGUAGAAACCGACAUCCACGUGAGGAGGAGAGACGUGCUCCACAGCGCUCUGAAGGCGGUGAGGAGACCGGACUUCUGUUUCAGGACGACGCCCAUUGUCACCUUCAGUGGAGAUGAGACUGAUGGACACGAGGGACCUCUCAGAAAGUUCUUCAGAUUGACUUUGCUGGAGUUGCAGGAAAGUUCUGUGUUUGAGGGUCUUCCGGGGCGCCUGUUCUUUACCUAUGACCUCAAAGCUCUUGAAGACAGGAAGUAUUACGAAGCAGGCGUCCUGAUUGGCUGGUCUCUGGCUCAUGGUGGGCCUGGACCUUGUUGUCUACACCCUGCACUUUACCAGUUGAUGUGUGGCCAGAAUCCGUCUUUGGAGGACUUCAGCUGGAGUGACAUUGCCGAUGCUGAAGUACAGAUCCGACUGCAACAGCUGCAUAGUUGUACUGAUGUACAGCUGCUAUCUCCCAGUCUGUGUGACUGGGUGUCGAGCUGUGGUAUCCCUGGAAUAUAUUCAGCCCACUCUGAUGAAAUACCAGUCAUCUAUAACCGCCUUGUCAAAUAUUACAUCUACCACAGGGUGGCCAAUAUGAUCGCCCAGUUCACCGAGGGGUUGAACAGCUGUGGUGGAUUGUGGGAUACAGUACUGACCCACUGGGAGGUGUUUUUGCCAGUGAUGAUGAGCGCACAGCAACAGCCUCUGACCCUGGAAGAGUUCAAAAAGGUUUUCACUGCCUGCUACAGCUGCCCGGACAGCCAGUUGAGGGCAGCUGAGGAGGCAACAGCCGGACACUGGGAAACAGUCCUCACCAAGGUCAGCGAUGGUCAGGCAGAUUUUUCCUUUGAAGAUCUCCUCGCCUUCAUCACAGGAGCUGAUCAUCUGCCUCCUCUUGGGUUCCCAAGAUUGAUCUCCCUGCGGUUUUACUCCCAGGAUGCGAGCAUGUCAGGUGUGCGUCUGCCCUACGUCUCCACCUGCGCUCUGGAGCUCUUCCUGCCGAGGGGAGCAGCAGGGGCUGCAGACCUGUUGAUGCUGCUGAGCAGAGCCAUGCACGAGGCCCAGGGCUUUACUCGUUUCCAGACAGAGAGAGAUGGAGAGGACGGUAGCGUAGCAGUGAUCACAAGUUUAUGAAGUGGACGUCCUCCUGGAUACUUCUCAUCCCACUGAAGCUGACUUUGUGAAACUGCAGGAUAUGAACAAUGUUGGGGGUAUAGGUGCUGGUCCAUGAGCAGUUUGCAUUAGGUACUAACUCAUAUGACCUGAUGAGGAAGCCUAGACCAAUGUUUGUCAUUCAGGUUUUGUUUUAAUCUUUUAAUAGUUAAAUACAAUAUACUGUUGAUGCAGAUAUCCUAUCAACAGCAACAUUUUCACUUGAUAUUUAUAUUUUCACUGAAGGUUUUAAGGCUGAUCUCGACAAUUUGUGUGUGUGUGUGUGUGCGCAUCUAAUACUUAUAAUAAAGUUAUUAAAAAGUCACA